AUGUCGGCGCAGGCUCGCUCUGGCGAUGGCAGGACACGACAGCAGCAGAGCAGCCACAUGCUCAAGACGGGUCGGAGAGGGAACCCGUUCUGCAAGGACACGCACGACUUGUUUGCGACGCUGAUGGUCUCGCUGGACCUGUCGGACCGGACACGCUUCUUCCGCACGUACCCGAACGCGUUCACGACCGACGACGCCGCCGCCAACCUCGCUUCGCUGCGCUUCUCCCAGUCGAACCGGACGUCGGACCCGAACGACCCGCAGCGGAUCGUGACGACCACGACGACGACGACGUUCUCCAUGUCGCGCGACAUCGCCAAGGGCAUCUGCCAGCAUUUCAUGGACGCGCGGCUGAUCGAGAACGCGGCGGACCCGUCUUCGAUGACGUUCAAGGACCGGGGGAUCUACCAGAUCACGCCCAAGGGCUUGCACAUCCUCGAACGGUUCAUCACCAAGAACGGAAUCUCGGCCGACCACCUCAUCCCCGUCUUCACCACCCAGCCCAUCUGCAUGAAGCUCCUCCACCUCGAGCGACGGCAGUCGGACGACGAGAUCCACAUCUCGCGGUCCGUCAUCGACGUCGUCUUCCGCCGCUUCGCCGGCGCGCGGCAUCCGAACUAUGUCGCCGAGCCUCACGACGGGCGAGGACCGCCUAUCGCGAAACCGUUCCUCGAGAACGUGCGGUUACCCGACUCGUUUGACCGAGCGAACGGCGUCGAGUUGCAGGACGUGACGGAGAAGUCGAAAGCGGGCCAGGUCGUCGUCGUCAAGCAGGUCUUUGCCGCGACCGCCGCAGUAGACUGGUUGCUCGACUUUUCGACCUGCUGUUGUCGAGAAGAGGCGGGCGAACUCCUCGCGCACAUGGUUCGGUACGGCUUGAUCGUCUUGUACGCCGACCGUUCGCGGACAGGAGACCGCGUCACGGUCAUCGAGGUGCAGGGGUCGACGGGGCAGACGGCCGAGUACCGCUUCGGUCCGCGGGUGCUGUAUCGCAUCACGGAGGAGGGGCGACGAGUUGCGCAGGGCGGGGCGACGGCAGAUGCGGCUGUUGGGUUUGUUGGCGGGAAGGCCGCGGCGGAACUCAAGGCGCAGGAGGCGGCGGCGACUCAGGCGGCACAGGCGAGCAGUAAUGCGCCUGCUGUGUCGCGCGGGUCGGGCAGCAGCGUGGCGGACGACGACGCGAGUUCGGUGCGGAGUUUCGACAAGGCCCCGACUGAGCGGUCGUUUGUGGGCGGGACUGGGCUGAGCAACAUCGAGGGCUCCCUUGUCGGCGGACGGAAGGGCAUGGCCGACUUGUUUAAGUCGAACUUGAGCGAGUCGGGCGCCGCCCCCGCCUUCGGCAAGGACUCGCACUCGACGACGGCGCGGCUGCGGGCGAUCCUCGAGGAACCGGCGCUGCGAGCGCUCUUCCGCGACUUUUUGCGCGCAAACUACUGCGACGAGAACCUCGGGUUCUGGCUCGAGGUGAACGACUUUCGGCGGCGGUUCUCGACGACCUCGUCGGCUGUCGGGUCCGGCACGAAGCGCAAGCAGGCUGCCGUCCUCAACGCGAUGGAGUCGCACCAGCAGAACCUCGUCGCCGCCGCCCUUCACAUCUACAACACGUACCUCGCCCCGCUCUCGCCCAACGAGCUCAACAUCGACCACAACCUCCGAGUCGACGUCGUCAACUACGUCAACCGCUCGCUCGCAGAAGUGGGCGCCAAGAACCCCGGCGCGGACGCGACGGCUGCGAUGGCUGCUGCGGCGAGUAGUGGGAUCCCCGGCGUGCCGGGCUCGACGAGCGUCACGUCGUCGACGAGCGUCACGUCGUCGACGGGAAGCGCGGGCGGUGCGAGCGAGGUGACGGACCAGCCUAUACCCCCGCUCAGAGCGACGCAGGUUCAGACGCUCCUCAGGCAGUACGAGCGGAUACAGGAGCACAUCUUCCGCCUCCUCGCGACCGACCAGGUGCCCCGAUUCAUCCGAACGGAGCCCUUCCUGGCGCUGAUGGAGCCCGAGUCGAAGAGCUCGCCGGCGAGCAAGACAUCUGCGGCAAAGACCUCGUCUGGCUCGUCCGCGCCUUCGUCCGUCUCGCACGGGACAGGCGCAUCCGCAGGCGACUCGUCUGCGCCCAACAGCUCGUCAACAACACCGUCCAUCACGCCCAAGGUUCCGCAAGGGGCGACUGUACCCGCACCUCCAAAAGCCUGA